CUCCGCCAGGAGGCUUCGAUCUGUCCAUGUUUCUGUUAACAAGAUGGCGGCUCCCACAAUCGACAGUCGGCAUGAAGGCGGGUCUCAACGCAUUCUCUGAUUUUCGCUUUUAACGGAUUCGUCAAAAAUGGAAGCAACUAGCACGGGACGCCUUCGCAAAUUGGCCGCGAAGUUUUCGAACCUCUCGCGUCCCGAUGGUUCAGCAAUAUUGGCACAAGGAGAUACUGUCGUUCAAGCAGGUGUCUACGGGCCAGUUGAAGUAAAACAAAUGCGCGAGCACCCUGAGAAGGCCACAGUAGAAGUAUUUUUUCGAUCUAAAGCGGGGCAGCAAAGUUGCUCAGAUCGUAUGUCUGAAAAGGUUAUUCGAAGCACGCUGGAGACUGCUAUGUUGACAGCCCUACAUCCGCGCUCCUGCAUAUCAUUAACAUGUCAAGAAUUUCACAACAACGGUGGUGUGCUGGCCUGUGCAAUAAAUGCUGCCUGCCUAGCAGCCAUCGAUGCCGCAGUCAGCAUGAAGUGCCACAUAGCAGCAGUGACGGCAGCAAUCACCAACACGGGGAUUAUUGUACUGGACCCCGACAGGCAGCAGGAGCAGGAAGCAAGGGCAGUGUGCACAUUCUCAUUCGAGAGCCAAGAGUCCAAACUGGUCUCGACCUACACCAGUGGCCAGUUUUCCAAGGAGGAGUUCCAGAGGUGCCUGGCUCUGUGCCAAGCAGCAGCAGGCGACAUCUUUGCCUUCUACCAGGAUGCACUGCAGAAACGCUACUGCCAGUCAUUCGCAACCGAUGGUGGCAGCGAUGCCGAUUAAAGUGCCACGGUCUGCCUUCAGACCUUCUUGUAGUCACUUCGUGCAAAGAGGUGCCUCCAGCUCAGACAUCUCUGUUGUGGAAAGCUGCACUCGCACAUCAAGUGACGCGAGAUCACCUCUGCUGAAUGAGAUGGUAAGGAUUGAUGCAGCUAAAUAUUAAGAAAAUAAAGGUGCAAGGCACCACACCAAAUCA